UGCCCCUGUCCUGAGUCCUGAGUCUGAGCAGCUCACACACUGUCAGAGAGACAAGACCUCUUUGAGAGAGAGCAACAGAAAGAGAUAACCUGUGUCAGAGUCCAGUCUUUCUCUGGGACGGGAGUCUGACUGAGAGUUCUGUUAUAGUACUGAGUUUUUGCUGUGUAACUCCAUCGGGAGUCAUGAGUUCAAAGGGGACAAACUUCCACAACAAACGCCUGCCAUCGGAGAAAGCGCAUACACAGAGAGUCCCAGACACGGAGUCAACCCAGCAUAUGAGGCUGAGAGAGAGACAGCGCUUCUUUGAGGAGGUGUUUCAACAUGAUGUAGAUGUCUACCUAUCUUCUGCACACCUGCAGAUAGACUAUAAGAGACCUCCGUUAGGAAGCAUCUCUUCAAUGGAGGUAAACGUGGAUAUGCUAGAGCAGAUGGACAUCUCUGAUCAUGAGGUUUUGGAUGUCUUCUUUAGUGCCAGUGGCGAGGAAGGAGCACUGGCUUCUCCCCUACCAGCUCUUGGACACAAUGACGUUGAAGAGGGUGGAUUGCAGAGAGAAGGCGUGUCCUCAAGAGUUCCUGAUGCUUGUGAUGUUAAAUCACGUCUGUUGUCCACUUCCUCCAACUCCACCUGUGACAGCCAGACAUCCAAUGAGGACAGAUCAAACACUCCUGUCAUCCAGUCAGAUGAUGAAGAUGUGCAUGAAGAUGGCCUGUUGCGAACAGGGACGCCCACAGCCAAUGAACAGUCUGCCCUCUUAUUAUAAACAGCCUUCUCAUUUACUACUGACAGUUGUGGAAAUGUUACUUGCCUAGCUUGAGACAGUUUCAGGCACAGAUUGACUGGUUUUAACCAUAAAUCAAUCUACCAAAGACCUUCAUGAACGCUUGUAAAAUCCUCAUUGAAAGUACUUAUUCUUUACACUUGCAUUUUUGUACUACUUACUCUCACAAAAACUGAUGCUGCUCAGUGAAAAUGUGUUAAUGCGUAAAAUGCAUAAAACUAAAACAUUUUGUUAAAAUAGCUGUAACGGUUGGGUGUAUAUUAUACAGAUGUCAGAAAUACUUUGUUGUGGUCUUGUCUUUCUUUCUUUUUUUUCUUUGGUCAUAGGAUAUGUCUUCCCUCUGAUGUCCACAACAACAUAUGCUUUGCUAUCAAAAUAAAGCCAAAUGCCAGCUGCAGAAUUGAAAUGUGCAGGAUUGAGGCUGAUCUUAAUGUGAUCUCUUGUGAUCACUGAAGACCCCAUUAAAAGCCUUCAGCAUGUUCACUGGGGUUCUAAAUACAAUUAUUAUUUAUUUAUUUUUAUACAAAAUUUACAAUCAUAUUUAAUCAAACUACACAAUUAUGACUCUUUAAGACUUUAUAGAUAUUACAGUUUCAUUUUCUGUUAAUGCAUGAUUUUCUGUAAAGCUGCUUUGA